AUGAUUCGUCUACAGAAGUUGAUUCCGCGGACGCAAAUUUCAUUGGGAUCUCGGACUUCAUUGCUUCCAACAGCACGCCGCUUUGCAACUUCAUCGUCUCAGAUCCCUACACUCAAAAAUGCUCUUGGAUCCUCCCAAAGCCCUUUUCUUCGGGCGCAAGCUGGGUCGCCUGUGGCCUGGCAGGAAUGGUCCCCAGAAAUUUUGAAUCUGGCAUCUACAUUCAACAGACCUAUUUUUUUGGCAAUUGGCUAUGCAGCAUCUCACUGGUGCCGCGUCAUGAAUCAUGAGUCCUUUUCAGACCCAGCUAUUGCCGACCUCAUCAAUGCAAAUUUUGUACCGGUACGCGUUGACCGCGACGAACGCAGAGAUGUUGACCUUCUCUAUUCUAUGUAUUAUGAGGCAACCACAGGCCAAACUGGAUGGCCGCUGAAUGUCUUUUUGGACCCAAAUUCUCUGGCACCAUUUUUUGGUGGUAUGUACUGGCCGUCUGCCGCAUCCGUGGAGCGUUUGGCAAGCACCAACCCUCAGGUAGCUGCACCAGCUUCCCUUGAGUCUGUGCUUUCUGGUGUGUCCACUACUUGGGCUUCCUCUGGUGACAAAUGUGUAGAAUCUGCAAAUGCUAUAAAGGAACGCCUUCUUGAGCUGUACCGACUGCAAAAUGGUUCUGAGAAAGCUGAUCUUAGCCUCUCUGUUUUUGAGGACGUCUGGAAUCAUUUUGACGAUAGCUUCGACCUAAACUACGGUGGGUUUUCGCAAGCUCCUAAGUUUCUUUGUCCCCACAACCUUUCGUUUAUGCUCAAAUACUCACAUUUGUUGACCCCUCCCCCUGAGGUUAGAGCUCAACAGCCAGAGUGGAAGCAUAAGCACGACCUUGAUGCAAAGGGGAUGGCCAGCUUCACGCUGGAGUCUAUUGGUAAGGGCGCCACCAAAGACCAAAUUGGGCUUGGGUUCCACCAUUAUUCCGUGACAGAUGACUGGAGUCUCCCCCACUUUGAGAAAUUACUUAUUGACCAAGCUCUGAUUCUGUCGGCAUACAUGUACGCUUAUCAGGCUGACCCUCAGAAAAAUGCUUUUUCACUGGAAUAUAUCCGCGACCUUGUGGAUUACAUGUCUACAAGCACUUCGGAAGGUGGACUUUUGACUCCCGAUGGUGGCCUUGUAGCCUCCAUAUUUCCAGACAGCAAACCUAUAGCUGGUGCACACCACCGAGAUGCUGACGAGCUUGCGUCGGCAGCUGCACAGCACAGUUACCCCUUGGUCGAAGGUGCUUAUUAUGUUUGGCAAGCAGACGACUUUUCACGCGCCCUUCCUAAGCGCACAGAGAGCGACCUUGCCGGUGCCUAUUAUAACGUUCGCGAAGGUGGAAAUAUUAAUGAACAAUUCGAUGUGCGUCAUAAACUUGCGUACCAAAAUACGCUCUACCGUAGUAUGGACUUUGAAGAACUGGGGCGCUACUUUGGAAUGCCAGCCUCCCGUGCAGAAAAACAGAUCAAGGAAGCAAACGCCAAACUGCGCAAGUACCGCCGUGAAACGCGCGAUCAUCCAGAAGUUGACCAACGCGCGUUUGCCGGCUGGAAUGGUGCUGCCAUCAAUUCGCUAGCCCAUACCGCCCUGGCCCUGUUGAAAACACCAACUAAAGAAGGUUUGGAGACUGAUGAGCUCGUAUCUCUCGGCCAAAAGGCUCUGGGGACUGCUGAGACUAUUGCCCAGUUUGUUUACGACAAGCUUUUUGAUCCUAAAAAGGCAACGCUUCAGAGAUACUACUUAGACGGUAAGGCUAGUUCGACGCCAGGAAUGAACGAUGAUUACGCAUACAUGAUCCAGGGACUUAUCAGUCUUUACACUGCAACCUUCGACACACGCUACCUUGACUUUGCCAAACGUCUUCAGGAUGCGCAGCUUGUCAACUUUUGGGAUACCGAACGAGGCGCUUUUUUCUAUUCUGAUGCAACAUUAGCCUCAAAUUCGCAUCUGUUCUUGCGCUUCAAGCAGAGCUUCGAUGCUGCUGAACCUAGCAGUAAUGGUGUUUCUGCUGAAAACUUGCUUAAGCUAUCAGGCCUAUUGCAUGACACCUUUUAUUGCAGCAAGGUUGGUGAGAUUGUGGCAUGUUAUGCUAAGGACAUUGCAGCGCAACCAUUUGGUUAUUGCUCAAUGUUGGGCGCUGUUGCCGCACGUCUCCGAGAAACCUCCUCUUCUGGUGCUCUGACCAGUGUCAUUGUAGUGGGCGGUGAAAACGAAUCUGAUCAGGACGACUUAGCGCUACACAAUGUGCGCCAAAAGCUCUAUGACAUUUUUGCUAAAACAGAAACCCCAGGAGCAGAGGUUGAAGAGAAAGCUAUCGAUAAUGCAUCGAGCAAUGAUGCGGUCGUUCGUGUCUCGAGUAUUGUCCCCACUCUCACCAUUCUGCGUUUGCGUUCAAGUGAUGUUGAGCGCUACUUCGAGCCAUAUGGAAAUGCUCUAUAUGGGGCUCUGGCGGACAAAUACAGUACCGGACCAGUCCACUAUAUUGUCUCGCGCAACUUUACACUCACAGACCCUGUUUCUUCUCUAGAAGAUGUUGUUGAGCUUCUUUUUAAAAGUAAAUAA